UACUUGGCUGUUUCUUUAAAAAGUUUCUUUCUUUCCCUGAAUCGAAUUGAGUGUGGAGCAGAAGGAACUCAGCAGCCUCACCUGAUUCUAGCCCACAAGCUCUUCCUCCUCACUCACCCCGAUGUCCAAGACAUCGAGAAAGUCCAGCUCAAGUCUGACGUCUUGGAUUCGAUCGAAUCCGAUGGUAUGGCUCCUUUGUUCGAAACCCUAGCGGCGUCUUCGGUGCUCGAAUUGGAUCAGAGCUUGUUGGAUCCUAUGCGGGCUAGUAACGAGGAAGAGCUUAAAAAGCUCGACGAGAAGAUUGUAGACGCAGAAGAAAAUCUGGGAGAAAGUGAAGUCCGGGAAGCUCAUCUUGCUAAAGCUCUGUAUUUCAUCAGGAUCAGUGAUAAGUUAAAAGCUCUGGAGCAACUAAAACUCACAGAAGGAAAAACUGUUGCUGUUGGGCAAAAGAUGGACCUUGUCUUCUACACACUGCAGCUUGCAUUUUUCUACAUGGACUUCGAUCUGGUAUCAAAGAGCAUUGACAAAGCCAAAAAGUUGUUUGAAGAGGGUGGUGACUGGGAGAGGAAGAACAGACUAAAGGUCUAUGAAGGCUUGUACUGCAUGUCCACCAGAAAUUUUAAGAAGGCUGCCAGCUUGUUUCUGGAUUCUAUAUCAACCUUCACGACUUAUGAGAUCUUUCCCUACGAGACCUUCAUUUUUUACACCGUCCUGACCAGCAUCAUAACUCUGGACAGAGUUUCUCUUAAGCAAAAGGUUGUUGAUGCACCUGAGAUCUUGACCGUUCUUGGGAAGAUACCGUUCCUUUCUGAGUUCUUGAACUCCCUGUACGAGUGCCAGUACAAGGCGUUUUUCUCAGCAUUUGCUGGAAUGGCAGAGCAGAUAAAGUUUGACCGCUUGGACCAAAAAGUUUAGACCUUUGAAGACUUCGCAAGCUCCAUUUUCUGAAGGCAAAGAUUUGCUGAAUUGUGAGAUUGAGUUUGAAAAUGGAGGGAGAAGAGCUGACGGAGCAGGAGACUGCCUUGUACGAUCGCCAUAUUAGGGUUUGGGGGCGCUAAUGCUCAAAGAAGAUUGACCAAAUUUCAUAUCUUAGCAUCUGGAAUAAAGGGGACUGUUGCUGAGUAUUGCAAAAACACUGUGCUGGCAAGAGUUGGUAGUGUGACGUUAAUGGAUGAUCGGUUAGUGACUGAGGAGGCCUUGAACGCAAACUUCUUGAUUCCUCCCGAUGAAAAUGCUUACAGAGGCAAAACUUUGACUGAGAUCUGUUGUGAUUCACUCAGGGACUUUAACCCUAUGGUCCUUGUCUCUGUAGUGAAAGGUGAUUUGACAACACUUGGCACUGGAUUUUUUUGAGAAGUUUGAUGUGGUCGUUAUUGGCUACGGCUGUCGUGCCACCAAGAUGUCUGUCAAUGAACAAUGUCGGAAGUUAUCAAAGCGUGUGGCAUUCUAUACAAUAGAUUGUAGAGACUCAUGUGGUGAGAUAUUUUUUGAUCUUCAAGAUUACAAGUACACAAAGAAACAGCUUAAAGAGACAGUUGAAUGUGAACAACAUUUUCCGAGUUUUCAGGAAGCUAUAUCAGUACCUUGGAAGCUGAUUCCUAGGAGAACAGCAAAGCUCUACUUUGCUAUGAGAGUAAUAGAAGUGUUUGAGGAGAAUGAAGGGCGUAAACAUGGAGAAUGCUCACUGCUUGAUCUUUUGUUAAAGUCUUGGAAACCAAAAAGAAACUCUGUGAGGCUAACUCUGUGAGCGAGAGCCAUAUACCGGAUACUCUCUUGGAGAGACUUAUCAGUGGUACAAUCGAAUUCCCACCAGCUUGUGCCAUUGUAGGAGGAAUAUUA